AUGCCUCCGAGGAAGAAAGCCGUCGCCAAGAACAAUGCAGGCAAGGCAAGGGCAACCACUGCCAAGAAGUCCUCCAGUACGACAAAAGCGAAAGCUGUCGCCGCGCCGGUUGAACCUGCUCAGCGUUCCAGUCGCAGGAAGCGCGGCCUCUCCCCCGACUCAGCCGAGCCCGUAAAAGCUGUCAAGAAGGCGAAACCUACUCCGAAAUCGAGUAAGAAAAUUGAGAAUGGUGAAGACGGAAAAGUUGAGAAACCUUCCGCUAAGGCGAACGGCAAAGUAACCGCAGCUGCGGCGCCUAAGAGUCGUCCCAAGGUGGCGCAGGAGCCCGACUUCGAAGGCACUUUCGAUAUCUUCUCGACGUCAUUCGACGACGGUGCACUAAUGUCAAUCUACCUUCCGCUGGAUACCAAGGGCGACGAUACGCCCAUCGAGCCCGACUCGCUCUACGCCGAACUGAAACGUCGUCAGGCGAAAGACGAAUGUACCGCGCGCAUCGAGCUUCACGACGAGGGCCUCUAUCGAGGACGUCCCGUCGACGAGGGGGCCGAAUUUCCCAACGGCUGUCCCGGCGACUACGUCGUCGAGGCGAUAGACAAGAUCGCGCGUUGGGAGAUAACGGAAGAUUCCAAAGAGAUGGAGAUCUGCGGGGGUGCUUUCGACCUCGAGGAGGACGGCGACACUCGCCCAGGUCCUGCCACCGAAGUCACCCUCAGCCUGGGUGAGGAGGGGUGUGGUAUCGAGGAUGCCUCUGGCGUACUCAAGAUGCGCCGGCUGUGGGCCCGUGAGAAGAAAGGCGACAUCGAGGAAGUCUUCGAGGGCUACCUCAAGGUCGGCAUUUACUUCAACGUUCUGCUCAAACAUCGUUUCUACGCCGGGGAGAGGAAGAUUGGCGAUGGCCCUGACAAGCCUUAUGUGUACUCGUUCUGGGCUAUUCGUUCGCGCAAGCGGGCAGAUGGGACAGUCAUCGGGCCGAAUGAUCUUAAGGUCGGGGACGGGGAUGAGUCCGAGUGA